AUGGUGAGGCGCUGGGCGUUGUGGAGCUGCUGUUUCGAGCUCUUGUCGCCGCCUUCAGUCGCCUGCGGGGGGCCGGCCAAGCAGCAGCAGCGGCGGCGCGGCGGUGGUUGGAGAGCCCGGCAGCAGCAGCAGCAGCAGCAGCAGCAGCAGGCGGAACAGCCACCCGGGCGGACUCGCAGCCCAGUCAUGGACGACGAGGAAGAAGAAACCCCCCAGGAGAGUUCUUCACUGAAAGAAAUGGAUGAAGAGCAGCAUUUGCCUGUUUGCAGUCAAUAUCCUAAAGAAGCUUUAAGGAAACGUCAGCAUUCAAGUCAAGGUUCCCGAGGCAGUGAUUCCUCUCGAGUAUCCCGGAAAAGCUUCCGACUGGAUUACAGGUUGGAGGAAGAUGUCACGAAAUCAAAGAGAGGUAAAGACGGGAGGUUUAUCAACCCUUGGCCAACAUGGAAAUCACCGUCUUUCCCUAAUAUUUUGAAGUGGUUUCUUACAGAGAAGGACAACAGCAAGGUUCCUUGUUCAAAGCAGGAACUUGACAGAGACCUUCCAGUGCUGCAUCCGUACUUUAUCCAAAACCCAGAGUUAGCUGGAAAGACUGGAGCUGGUAUGCGAGUCACAUGGCUGGGACAUGCCUCGUUAAUGGUCGAAAUGGAUGAACUUACAUUUCUGACUGACCCCAUCUUCAGCCUUCGGGCUUCUCCGGUCCAGUGCAUGGGUCCUAAGCGUUUCCGAGGACCUCCAUGCACAGUAGAUCAGCUCCCCAAGAUAGAUGCAGUGGUGAUCAGCCACACCCAUUAUGACCAUCUGGAUUACAAUACUGUGUUGAAUUUAAAUGUUCGUUUCGGAAGCGACUUGAGAUGGUUUGUGCCUUUGGGUCUCUUAGACUGGAUGCAGAAAUGUGGCUGUGAGAAUGUCAUUGAACUGGACUGGUGGGGAGAAAACUGUGUUCCUGGCCACGAUGCGGUCACAUUCGUUUUCACUCCUUCCCAGCACUGGUCCAAGAGGACUGCCACCGAUGACAACAAAGUUCUCUGGGGAAGCUGGUCAGUCUUGGGACCUUGGAAUAGGUUUUUCUUUGCAGGAGACACUGGCUAUUGUGUAGCAUUUGAAGAGAUAGGGAAAAGAUUUGGGCCUUUUGAUCUUGCUGCUAUUCCUAUUGGAGCAUACGAACCAAGGUGGUUUAUGAAAUACCAGCAUGUGGACCCUGAAGAAGCUGUACGGAUUCAUAUAGAUGUUCAGGCAAAGAAGUCUGUUGGAAUUCACUGGGGAACCUUUGCUUUAGCCAAUGAGUAUUACUUGGACCCUCCAGUUAAACUGAAGGAAGCUCUUGACAGAUAUGGGCUGAAAACUGAAGAUUUCUUUGUCUUAAAGCAUGGAGAAUCCCAAGACUUAAAUAUCAGUGAUGAUGGAUUUGAAUAAAAAUACCAACAUCAAACUGUUUCUUAUG